AUGCCGGAGCAGCGGUCGUCGGCACCGCACAGGCUGGCUCGUGACAGCGAUCGCUAUUACUUGACUGAGCGUUUCCCACUGGCGGCAGUGAGACGGUCGCACGUCGACGACGAGCACGUCCCAUGGGCACGGCCCUUUCCUGGCUACGCUCCAGUCGGCUCCGGCUUUGAGCUCGCGGCAGGUCGUCGCGCAGGCCUCAAUCUCAAUCCUGACAUGGGCCUCAAAGAGGAGCAGAUCCGUGCAGCAGGCCUCAAUCCUGGAGGCCGCACUGGGCUGACGGGUGGCUGGGACAAGUUCACCGUCGCAGGGGCGAACUACGCGGUCGAUCCCAUCAUCACUCGCUUCCAGCCGGGGUCGGGCCAGCGCAGGCUCCAGCUGCUCGCGGUGCUGCAUAAAGACGGCAAGGAGUGGGCCGUCCCGGGCGCGAGGCUAAGGGGUUCGCCGGCCGGAGGCUGGGAGCGCGACAUCGAAGCGAUGGAGCGUGGGCUUCGCGAGAAGGGCGUCGACAUCGUCAAUCUCGCAGAAGGCGGCACGGCGGAGCCGGUCUUUCGUGGCUACGUCGACGACGCCCGCAACACCGACGACGCGUGGAUCGAGACAACUGUGCGACAUUACCACCUGGACGACCUUGGGCAGGGCGAGAUCAAAAGCCCGGGCGUGAAGUGGGUGGACAUAUCGCCCGAGGUGCCAAUCUACCAGCCGCACUGCGCCUGGGUGUACCACGUCGCCGACGAGAUGCUCAAGGUGCCGCAAAUCGAGCGGCAGAUGCGUGGCCUGUCCUUGAAGUUCGUCUUCCGGCCCGUGCCGGCGCUCUGGAGCGACCCCGAGACGCCCAGCGACCCCGAGACGCUGCGGCUCAUUGGCACGACCUCAGACAACAUCUCGGGGAGCGAGAUGUCCCGCAACAUCGUCGUCAAUACGGUGCGAAUAGUAGCGUCGGACGACGUAGCAACGGCUAGCCAGAAGGAGCGCAUUACUUCUCACUAUCGCUUUUCCUCGGAGCAGGCCGAGAUCUUCAGCGUCUCCGCUAUCAACCUCCGGCUGAGCUCGCUCCAGCUGCGCGACGGGGUUCGCGCGCUCUUAUCCAAGUCCGCUAUCCACGCAUGUGGCGAGCAGUGGGUGCGAUGCCGAUGCGCGCGCUUUGCGCCCAUCACGGUCGGGUGGGAGCUACGAGCACGCUUCAACAUCCCGCAGCAUGCGACGCACCAAGCAUUUCUGUACGGUGUCCUCGACGCUCGCAGGUUCGACGACGUGGGUGGACAGCGCGACGGUGUGUGCGACCCGUUCGAGGGACUACUGGUGUCGGGCGGCUUUGUGUACGCCGACUGUGACGGCAGCCGCGCCAAAGUGCUGCGCGUGACCUACGUCAGCCUUCCGACAAACGACCUCUACUCGAAGAAUCACACGGUCGAGUUCACGGGUCCGCACCGCAUGAUCACCCCCGCUCGCGAGGUCCAUCAGGUCCGGGGGCAAUGGCGGGACGUCACGCUCUCCUUCCUCCUCGGGGUCGGCGCAGAGUCCUUCCUCUGGCUCAACCCGGGGGAGGAGGCCGGCGAGCACCCAAUCAAGUUUGGCGCAUUCGCUUACUCCUCCUCGCCCAGCGGGCAGGGCGAGGCCGUCUACUUUUACCUCAAGGUGGCGGACGACAUGCGCCUCGCCAAGGCCGCAUCCGUCCUCGAUGAGGAACAAGCGGCGUACCUGAGGGGCGUCGGCGUCGAGGCGCCUGUCGAGGUGGCGCGCAAGCCCGACCACAGCGGCAAGGUGGACGGGCAGCGCUGUGCGGCACAGGAUGCCGCCGAUCGCAAUUGGCUCGCGCUGCACGACGCCGUCGCCAUGGGAGACGCUGCCCUCGUCGACUCGCUCGUCCGCGACGAGCGGCUGCUGCCCGAGGAGCUGGUCGAGUUCCAGCUCACCCGCCGGCAGCUGUCACGCGGCCACGACGACGCUCCCCGCGGCCGCGACGCUCCCCGCGGUCGCAAUUCCCCGGCGAUACUGCACCGGGUGGACGUGCCUGCCUCCGGCAGCGUGCUCACGCCGCUGCAGGUCGCGGCGACGCAUGGGCACAGUGAGGUCGUGCGCGUGCUGCUCCGGCGGGGAGCCUCGCCUACAAUCCAAACCGCCAACGGCGCGACGGCCAUCGACCUCGCCCUCCGCGACGACGAGCUCUCGGCAGAGCAGCUUCUUGGGAAGCUCAACUCAGCCAUUGAGCUGCUGCCGGCCUUGUUUCGCGUCUCGGCCGGCGAGGCGCUCUGCUAUGUCGCCGAGGUUUCAAGGCGUGCGACGGCGGCGGCGGCGAUGCAGAAACGGACCCGCCCUGCGGCGGCGGCCGACCUCACGGCGGCGUCUGAGCGAGCACAGAACCAUGGGAACUUGCUUUUCAGCCGCCUGUCGAUCCUGCAGCAGAUGCACCUGCUCGAGAGCGAGGGAAGCCGCGCCAGGACAGUGCCGCGCACGAGUGGACAGGCCGGGAUGGUGGGGCGGCCUCGAAACUUCCUCGCCCGCGCCGUCGGAGUCCCUUGCAAGACAUUGCUGGCUGACCCAACUGUGCAGAGCGCGAUCGAGCGCCGCUGGAUGGGUGAGCUGUCGCACUCUGUCGUCUCUGGCUACGUCGUCACGCCCAACGGCGUCGAGCAAAAGCUUCGCCGUCCGCUGUCGCGCGCGCUGCUGCUUGUUGUGGCCGUGGGGCUCAACUUGCUGGUGCUGCCAUUCGUGGCGCUCGUGCCGCCCCUGCGCUCCGUCCUGCUGCAGAGCCUUCACCUCGGUUUCAGACUGGCAUCCACGCACCGCACGCCGCACAGCGAGGACUUCAAGCGCAAGUGGAACCCGUCUGCGCAGCUCUACACCGACUCGCUCUACCUGCUGGAUGUUCCAGUCUUCCGGUUCGUCCUGUCGUCAAUCAGCUGGGCGCUGCUCGCGCUAUGGAUGACCCUUGUGCCGACGCCGACGCUCGCCAUCGCCGUCGACGACAUCUGGGGAGGGGUGUCGACUCUCGUAUCGCAGGGGGCGUCGGGGGUCCUGCCCGCCCUCGAGCAGGUCACGGAGGGUUUGUGGUCAGGACUGACCUCGGUGUUGCUGCUCGGCUGGCUGUUUGCACACCUGCUCGAGCAGGAGGUCUCUGCCUUCUUCUCCAGCGGCGACUUCAUUAAGCAGGUGGAGCUGGUCUCGGUCAGCCUUGCAAUCAGCGCCAAGCUGAUGCCCCCCCUCCCGUGGGGCCACCAGACCCUUGCGUUCGGGCUGCUCCUCAUGUGGACCUCGUGGUUCCUGCGCGUCUUUAGCGUCUUGGGCAUGGGGCCGCAGGUCGUGAUGCUGCGAAAGAUGAUAAAGGACACGGUCCAGUUUCUAGUCCUUAUGGCUGGCUGCGCCGCCGCCUUUGCCGCUGCGCUGUACACCCUCUUCCGUAGCACAGCGCUGGACGGGGGCGAGGAGUGCGGGCCCCUGGAGGACCUAUCGCAGUCGCUGCCCGUCGCGCUGUACCGACUGCUGCUGAUCUCGCUCGACCCGGGCUCAAGCAUCGAGUGUGCGGGCGCGGUCGCCGAGACGCUCGAGGCUGGCACGGUGUACGACUUCCGCGUCGCCGCGCCCUUCAUCAUGAGCGUCUACGUGGUGCUGUCGGUGGUGCUGCUGCUCAACAUGCUCAUCGCAAUCAUGGCCAAGACAUUCGACGUCGUGUGGGACGACGCCGAGAACGAAAACAGCUUUGUCAAGGCGCAGCUUGCUCUGGGCUACUUUUUUGACGACGACGCGUGGCCGCCGCCGCCCUUCAACCUGCUCCGUCUCCCAGCGGUGUGCGGGGCGACAGUGCUCCGUCUCCUGUCGCCGGCAGAGCUGCGCGAGCGGCUGAAGGAGGCCUGCGCUCUCCUGCUGUGCAGCUUCAAAGCGGCUGCCAACGCCAGCCGCGACGCAUGCAGCUGUCUCGCCUGGUUGGCUGUCCUGCUGGGAAGGAUCUGUCGUGAGAUACUCGACUGCACUUUCGAAUCGCGGUACAAGACCUUCGACGACGCAGCCGACGGUGUGCCGCCCCAAGACCGCGACCGCGACCGCGACCUUAACCCGUCGGACGUUCGCUACGUCGACGAGCGUGGAAAGCUGUGGUCCGAAGACAACAGCAUUCAACAGCUGCAGGAGAAGCUGCUGCUUCGAGACGACGAGAAGAUCAGCGCCGAGGCCCGUAGCGUCGUCGAGGGGCUGCGCAAGGAGAUCGAGACGCUUCGGAAAAGGAAGGCGGCUGCAGAGGACACAAUCGACGAACACGCCCCUGCGACCGUCGAAUCGGACACGAAGAAGGCACCGCCGGACUUACCCCGGGCCUCGGAUGGAGGCGGAGGCGGCAACUCCGCGCGGCGGCUCGUUGCCGGUUAA